UAAUGUUGCUUCUCACGAGUCUUUUCGUUUUUUCUCGUCUAGAAUCAGAAACUUUUCUGGGAACCAAACAAGCGUGAAGCAAGAUUUCUCAUCUUGAGUUUUCAUCUCAACGACAAUGUCGAUCGCGCCUCCUCCAGCUCCGAUUCCCAUGGCUGCAGCGGUUUCGUCUUCGUCUCAGUUCCCGUACGCCGACGCUUCGUACUUUCCGGUGGCGUACCAGUCGUCCCUUCCGUACGUUGCGCAUGCGGCUCCGUCUUCGGUCUCCGUGGUAGCGCCGGUUUACUCCGCUCCGGUUUCAUCGAUUGCUCCGAUCGCCGGUGCUUAUCCGCUUCCUCAAUAUCAACAGGCCCAACAGCUAUUUCAAAGGGAUGCACAAAUAAUUACCCCUGAAGCUCUUCAGACUGUGAAAGCAGCUCUUGCAAGCAGUGAAGCUGAGGGUAAAGCAGAAGCCAAGAAGAAAGCUAUACCUCGUAAAGCUGCUGGGCAGCAUUGGGAGGAUCAAACACUUGCUGAUUGGCCAGAAAAUGACUACCGCCUCUUCUGUGGUGAUCUUGGUAAUGAGGUGAAUGAUGAUGUCCUUUCAAAGGCGUUUUCACGUUAUCUCUCAUUUAAUAUGGCCAGGGUUAUUAGAGACAAGCGGACUAGCAAGACCAGAGGGUAUGGUUUUGUUAGUUUUGCAAAUCCUGCUGAUCUUGCAGCAGCUCUCAAAGAAAUGAACGGUAAAUAUGUUGGGAACAGACCGAUCAAACUCCGGAAAAGCACAUGGAAACAGAGAAUAGACUACGAGGUCCUCGAAAAACUGAAGAACCAGAGCCAGAAGAAACCAAAGCCGCCGAAGAAGAGUGUGCUUCACAAGUGAUGUGGUCGGCUGGGGACAUGAUGUAUCAAACUGAAACUAACAUUUUUAUUUGUAUCAAAGCAAGAAUUUGCUCAAAGAAAAUAUUUGUGUGAGAUCAGAGCUGUGGAUUUGCGUUGGUGCAUAUUUUUGUCUCUAA